AAUGUUUACUUCGAUUCGAUUCGCAAACUUCUGCGUGAUUCAUAGGAAAAAAGGAAGCGAAGCAUUUGAACGUCGCAAUCUGCAAUUAGUCUAAAUUCAAAAAAUGUUCAACAACAUAUUCGGCAAGAAACCCACAGUCAAGGAGCAGCAGCGGGAGAAUGACCGAUCCUUGAAGAAAGCCACGCGCGAUAUUGAGCGCGAGCGACGCAAAAUGGAGGAGGAGGAGAAAAAACUGGAGGCUGACAUCAGGCGCAACGCAGCCGCUGGGAAUAACGACGCCUGUCGCAUUUUGGCCAAGCAGCUGGUGGAGAUACGGAAGCAGAAGUCGCGCAGCUACGCGGCGGCUGGAAAGAUCCAAUCCAUUGGCUUCCAGAACAAGAAUAUGGGUGCGAACAUAGCGCUGGGCGAGGCAAUGGGAACCACGGCCAAGACAAUGGCGGAUAUGAACAAGGUGAUGCGACCCGAGGCGAUUGCGGGAACAGUGCGCGACUUCCAGGCGGCCAACAUGAAAAUGGAAAUGACGGAUGAGAUGAUCAACGACACACUGGACGACAUGCUGGAGGAGUCGGGUGACGAGGAAGAGUCUAAUGCCGUGGUGAACAAGGUUCUGGAUGAGAUCGGCAUUGAAGUCUCUGGCAAGAUGUCCAAUAUUCCAGCCACUGGCAGCGCAGAUUUCGAGACGAGUGGCAAGCGCACCGAGAAGGACAUUGCCGACCAGCUGGCCAAGCUGCGAUCCUCAUAGACACCGAACCACCAAACUGCAUCACUAUUUGUAUUUUUGUGUAUUAUUGUGUGCACGCCUGUUAUCCAUAGCCUCUAAGAAAAUAUAUUUAUGUACAUCGCUUAAA